AUGUCUCUGUUUGAUCUUCUUAGACAGAGGGUCCCUGUGAGAAUAUUGCCCCUUCCUACACGGGAUGAAUGUACAGAGGACUUCUUUUAUCAGCUAAUAUCGACUUGUGAAAGCAUAGUCACUUCUAACCCUUUUUACGUGAGAAAGGCACUUUCCCGUAUAGUAGACUCUCUAGAAGCGAGGUCCAUAUAUGAUGAUAAUUAUUUUGAUAAGCUGUACGAGUUGUAUGCUAGUUUGUCAUCGCAACCGCUUGGGGACCUUGACACGAUACCUCAGGACAUAUUGGAGUACCGCAUCAACGAGCAGAAAUCUGUAAAGAUUAAGGAAAGCCCCAACUUUAUUUCAGGAAGGGGAACAACUGGGUUAAGGACAUGGGAGGCAUCCAAACUAUUAGCCUUAAGGUUUAAUAAUGACAAAUCUUACCUGCCGUAUAUUCAAAAUAAAAAAGUUGUAGAACUGGGAGCAGGUACGGGACUGAUUGGUAUUAGCUUACUAAGACUGGCAAGUCAUGUCACAUUAACUGAUGGAGAUCCAAAUUUAGUAGACCAAAUAACGAACAAUAUACGGUUGAAUGAAAACGAUGCGUUGUUUGACCUAAAAACGUACAGCUCCAGAGUUCUCCUUUGGGGAGGUCCUGAGUCGGCUCCCAAAUGUGAUACGCUAAUUGGGGCAGACGUCACGUAUGAUGUGUCGAUUUUGCCAGAGCUAGUGAAGAGUCUUCAAUCGUAUGAGUACAGCGUUGCGUUAAUUGGUGCAACUGUGCGGAACGAGGUCACCAUCAAUGCUUGGGAAGGGCAAUUGACGGACGCAAAAUUGAAUUGGGAAAUAAUAGAAAUAAAACAGAUUUCAAGUGAUCCAGGGGUUUUCGACGAGCCUAUAUGGUUCGAUCCGUCGGGGGGUUUGUCAAUUAAGGUGUAUAAGAUAUGUAAAUAG